AUGCCGUGGUCCAGACCCCAGUCGGAGCUCCUCCCACCCCCCCGGCCUGCAGACAACAUGAAUGAUGAUGACCACCACUAUGAAGGCUCCCUGUUCCCCACCUCCAUCCUCAUCCCUGUUACCAUCAUCUGUAUCCUCCUCUUCCUGGUCGGUGUGUUGGGAAACACCAUGACUAUCCUCAUCAUCCAGGUAAGGAAGCGGGUUAGAGAACCAUACAAUGGGGGGAUGGAGAAGCUCCAAAAGGUUGCCAGUUUGAAUUCCACGUCAGACAGGUCUGAAAUGGGCCCGGCAAUUUUAAGCAUUAAAUGGAUUAAUUAAAUAUUCUUGUUCUUCUUUUUCCACCUAGCGCUUCAAGGAUAUGAAGACCACCACCAACCUGUACCUGUCCUCCAUGGCUGUGUCCGACCUCCUCAUCUUCCUCUGCCUGCCCUUUGACCUCUACCGCCUGUGGAAGUACGUCCCCUGGGUGUUUGGGGAGGUGGUGUGUCAUCUGUUCCACUAUGUCAAUGAAGGCUGUACGUACGCCACCAUCCUCCACAUCACCGCGCUCAGCAUGGAGCGAUACCUGGCCAUCUGUUUCCCCCUCAGAGCUAAAGUCGUGGUGACCAAACGCAGGGUCCAGUACAUCAUUAUGGCUCUAUGGACCUUUGCUCUGCUCUCUGCUGCCCCCAUGCUGUUUCUGGUGGGGGUGGAGUAUGACAACGAAACGUACCCGGACUACAGCACAAGACAGUGUAAACACACGAACUACGCCAUCAGGUCAGGGCAGCUGCACACAAUGAUCUGGGUGUCCACGACGUAUUUCUUCUGCCCCAUGUUCUGCCUGGUUUUCCUGUACGGCUCCAUUGGACGGAAGCUGUGGAAGAGUAAGAAUGACCUGCAGGGUCCCAAUGCCGUGGCCCGGGAGAGGUCGCAUAGACAGACCGUCAAAAUACUGGGUGAGUGACCGUCAAGAUGCCCUCUGUUUUUUUUUUUAUAGUCAUAAUUUGAAGUGUCUUGAGGUCAAAUGUGUUGAAGUCUUUGCCUACAGGAGGAAAUGAUGGUACUUCAGGACUAGUGUUCUAAAAUUCUGGGAACUUUCUGGUUUUCCAGAAAUCCUGGUUGGAGGAUUCUGUUUAUUUCCCUCCUGAUUCAGGGAAACCAACCGGGAGUUCUGGAAAACCAGGGAAUUUAUUGACAUUUAUUUUGCAACCCUAUUCAGGACCCACUUUACCCUGUCAUUAAUUUUCUUGAAACAUAAAACACUGUGUUAAAUCAAUUGGAAAUAUAGGUUGUUAACGCUACUUUUGAAGUGAUAUAACGGACAGACAUAUUUAAAUCCAGCAGCAAGACACAGUUUUAUAUUAACUAAAGUACAUUUGGUUUAAUAUAUACUAUUAAUUCUAGUUGUUUUAGAGUGCACAGCUUCAUCCACCACUAGACAUAACAGUCCAGUCUCCAUAGUGUGUCCGCUGUCUGUCACAUAACAGUCCAGUCUCCAUAGUGUGUCCUGCUGUCUGUCACAUAACACAGUCCAGUCUCCAUAGUGUGUCCAUAACACAGUCCAGUCUCCAUAGUGUGUCCAUAACACAGUCCAGUCUCCAUAGUGUGUCCAUAACACAGUCCAGUCUCCAUAGUGUGUCCUGCUGUCUGUCACAUAACACAGUCCAGUCUCCAUAGUGUGUCCUGCUGUCUGUCACAUAACACAGUCCAGUCUCCAUAGUGUGUCCUGCUGUCUGUCAAGAUAGUUUUAUGCAUGUGAUUGUGUAAGGGAUAAACACAGUCACGUCCUCUGCAGCCAGAACAACAGCAAAGUAGCUGCAUUUGCGUUUGUUUAAGCUGUUUUCUAUUGACAUGCAUUUGGAUACAUCCAUAGCAAUGAACUGAUGGUGCCCGAUUUGCAUAUCAAACACUAGGCUAGAAGCUAGCUAAACAGUUUAUCGCUAGCAAACAACCGAAUUAAAAAAAUAUCAGUUGCUGAAAACAGCUGGUUAAACUAGAAAUGUAAUGUGGGAGGAUUUGACAUAUUGGCGCCAGUUGCGUCAUAACGACAGUAGGGACCGGAGAAAUUCCCGUUCGUCACUCACCGUGUUAGGUGAAAUUCCCGUUCAUCACUCACCGUGUUAGGUGAAAUUCCCGUUCAUCACUCACCGUGUUAGGUGAAAUUCCCGUUCGUCACUCACCGUGUUAGGUGAAAUUCCCGUUCGUCACUCACCGUGUUAGGUGAAAUUCCCGUUCAUCACUCACCGUGUUAGGUCACCAUCAGAUGCUCCAAAGAAAUAUGUCCCUGCAAAAAUCAUUCAAUUGGUAGCUAGCUAGCUAAGUUUUUCUUCCUUUGACCUGCGUUUACAAUGUAUCAAAUUUCCGUUUGUGUGCUUGUUGGUUUAGCAUUCGGUAACUUUGUAGCAAGUAACAAAUAUAUAUAUAUAUAUAUUUGUAGCAAGUAAGGCCUGCAUGUGUAGGCGCAUAUUGUCAUGAUUGCAAGGUGUUUCAAUAUCUUUUCCAACUGUCCCGAUAUGACAUUUAUAGACCCACCCAUUAUAUCGAAAUCAUGAAUCAGCUGGUAUCAUUUUUAUGGAUAUAUACAAAGAAAUGUCAAUUGAAAAAAAGGUACAACGAAACGAAGUGCAGCUAGUUUGCAGUCUUUCCAGCUUCAGUUUGAAGUGAUUAUGUUAGCUGUGUUGUUGGCUAGCUCCUCUGGACAACAGUGUCCUGACGAGAGAGCACAUUUUCUAUGCCAGGCGAAAUCGGGAACCAUCAGCUCAUUGUUAUGGAUGUGUCCAAAUAAAUGUCACUAGAAAACAGCUUAAACAAAUGCAAAUUCAGCUACUUUGCUGUUAUUCUGGCCGCACUUUUUGACGUGACUGUAAGUUAGCCGUAGUUGGCUAGCUAGCAAACAUGGGAUAAGAACGUUACCAGCCAGUAUGGCAAUGGAACAUUUAGAACGAACGACUGGGUCGCGUCCAUAGAUACAGAACAAAAAGACUGACCGACUGGGUCGCGCCCAUAGAUACAGAACAAAAAGACUGACCGACUGGGUCACGUCCAUAGAUACAGAACAAAAAGACUGACCGACUGGGUCACGUCCAUAGAUACAGAACAAAAAGACUGACCGACUGGGUCACGUCCAUAGAUACAGAACAAAAAGACUGACCGACUGGGUCACGUCCAUAGAUACAGAACAAAAAGACUGAACGACUGGGUCGCGUCCAUAGAUACAGAACAAAAAGACUGACCGACUGGGUCGCGUCCAUAGAUACAGAACAAAAAGACUUAACAACUGCCCUUGAAGUCAGUGUUUGGAGGAUAUAUUGGCACGGUUUGCCGGCCCUCGACUUCGUCACACCCAUGGCAACAUAUCCUCCAAACACCGCCAUCUCGGGCAUUAUCACUUAAAUAAUGCACGCUCUAGAAUGCCCUUAAAGCCAAUCAGAAACUAGUAUUCAACAAUACCAUGGGUAUAACUGGUUUUAAUGUUCAUUCUAGAAGGCCUUUCUAGCUAAUCAGAAAUGAGUAUUAAACAAUGCUGUGGUAUAAGCUUCUUUUUAAUGUCAGAACAAAACCCUGAUGAUGGCUUCCAGCCAAAUCGUUGGUGAUAUUAACAGUUCACUGCAAGCAGAAAGGGUGUGACCUAAAAAUGACACUAAAAGCCUGUUUAGUAGAACAAAUGAUGUCCAUUGACCGCCUACGUAGCCUAUAAACUUGAUUUGUAGUCCUUGAUUUGUAGUCCUGUCGUCUUCAUCGGUAGCCUGUCAAUAUUUACUGUAUCUGCUUUUAUAUUAAUUAGCUGGACAACCACAGUGCACAGCAGAGACCAUGUCGCCAGCUUUUUGAGUCCACAAAUUGGAUUAUCGUCAAAGUGACUCAUUAAUCAGAGAUAAUGGGGAUUUUCUUUUCAUGCUCCCCGUACAUCACCGGAUCUAAAUCACCGCCUUUCCGACUAGUGGAUUCGGCUAUUUCAGCCACACCCGUUGCUGACAGGUGUAUAAAAUCGAGCACACCGCCAUGCAAUCUCCAUAGACAAACAUUGGCAGUAGAAUGGCCCGUACUGAAGAGCUCAGUGACUUUCAACGUGGCAGCGUCAUAGGAUGCCAACUUCCCAACAAGUCAGUUCGUCAAAUGUCUGCCCUGCUAGAGCUGCCCCGGUCAACUGUAAGUGCUGUUAUUGUGAAGUGGAAACGUCUAGGAGCAACAAUGACUCAGCCGCAAAAUGGAAUGCCACAGCUCACAGAACGGCAUCGCCGAGUACUGAAGCGCGUAGCACGUAAAAAUAAUCUGUCCUUGGUUGCAACACUCACCACCGAGUUCCAAACUGCCUCUGGAAGCAGCGUCAGCACAAGAACUGUUCGUCGGGAGCUUCAUGAAAUGGGUUUCCAUGGCCGAGCAGCUGCACACAAACCUAAGAUCACCAUGCGCAAUGUCAAGUGUCGGCUGGAGUGGUGUAAAGCUCGCCGCCAUUGGACUCUGGGACAGUGGAAACGCGUUCUCUGGAGUGAUUAAUCACACUUCACCAUCUGGCAGUCCGACAGAUGAAUCUGGGUUUGGCGGAUGCCAGGAAAACGCUACCUGCCCUAUGCUCAGUGCCAACUGUAAGGUUUGAUGGAGGAGGAAUAAUGGUAUGGGGCUGUUUUUCAUGUUUCGGGCUAGGCCCCUUAGUUCCAGUGAAGGGAAAUCUUAACGCUACAGCAUGCAAUGACAUUCUAGACGAUUCUGUGCUUCCAACUUUGUGGCAACAGUUUGGGGAAGGCCCUUUCCUGUUUCAGCAUGACAAUGCCCCCGUGUACAAAGCGAGGUCCAUACAGAAAGAACUUGACUGGCCUGCACAGAGCCCUGACCUCAACCCCAUCGAACACCUUUGGGAUUAAUUGGAACGCUGACUGCGAGCCAGGCCUAAUCGCCCAACAUCAGUGCCCGACCUCACUAAUGCGCUUGUGAUUGAAUGGAAGCACGUCCUCUCAACAAUGUUCCAACAUCUAGUGGAAAGCCUUCCCAGAAGAGUGGAGGCUGUUAUAGCAGCAAAGGGGGGGACCAACUCCAUGUUAAUGCCCAUGAUUUUGGAAUGAGCUGUUCGACGAGCAGGCGUCCACAUACUUUUGGUCAAGGAGUGUAUAUACCUCUAGUGCUCCUCAAUCUCAGUGAUAUACAGCGCCUUACAAAUGUAUUCAUCCCCCUUGGCCUUUUUCCUAUUUUGUUGCAUUACAACCUGUAAUUUAAAUGGAUUUUUAUUUGGAUUUCAUGUAAUGGACAUACACAAAAUAGUCAAAAUUGGUGAAGUGAAAUGAAAAAAAUUAUUUGUUUCAAAUAAUUAUACAAAAUAAGUAACGGAAAAGUAGUGUGUGCAUAUGUAUUCACCCCCUUUGCAAUGAAGCCCCUAAACAAGAUCUGGUGCAACCAAUUACCUUCAGAAGUCUCAUAAUUAGUUAAAUAAUGUCCACCUGUGUGCAAUCUAAGUGUCACAUUAUCUGUCACAUGAUCACAGCAUAUAUACACCUGUUCUGAAAGGCCCCAGAGUCUGCAACACCACUAAGCAAGGGGCACCACCAAGCAAGCGGCACCAUGAAGACCAAGGAGCUCUCCAAACAAGUCAGGGACAAAGUUGUGGAGAAGUACAGAUCAGUGUUGGGUAAAAACAUUUUGGGGAAACUUUGAACAUCCAACGGAGCAACAUUAAAUCCAUUAUUAAAAAAUGGAAAAAUAUAGCACCACAACAAACCUGCCAAGAGAGGGCCGCCCACCAAAACUCACAGAACAGGCAAGGAGGGCAUUAAUCAGAGAGGCAACAAAGAGACCAAAGAGAACCCUGAAGGAGCUGCAAAGCUCCAUAGCGGAGAUUGGAGUAUCUGUCCAUAGGACCACUUUAAGCCAUACAUUCCACAGAGCUGGGCUUUACGGAAGAGUGGCCAGAAAAAAAGCCAUUGCUUCAAGAAAAAAAUAAGCAAACACGUUUGGUGUUCGCCAAAAGGCAUGUGGGAGACUCCCCAAACAUAUGGAAGAAGGUACUCUGGUCAGAUGAGACUAAAAUUGAGCUUUUUGGCCAUCAAGGAAAACGCUCUGUCUGGCGCAAACCAAAACACCUCUCAUCACCCCGAGCACACCAUCCCCACAGUGAAGCAUGGUGGUGGCAGCAUCAUGCUGUGUGGAUGUUUUUCAUCGGCAGGGACUGGGAAACUGGUCAGAAUUCAAAGAUUGAUGGAUGGCGCUAAAUACAGGGAAAUUCUUGAGGGGAAACCUGUUUCAGUCUUCCAGAGAUUUGAGACUGGGACGGAGGUUCACCUUCCAGCAGGACAAUGACCCUAAGCAUAAUGCUAAAGCAACACUAGAGUGGUUUAAGGGGAAACAUGUAAAUGUCUUGGAAUGGCCUAGUCAAAGCCCAGACCUCAAUCCAAUUGAGAAUCUGUGGUAUGACUUAAAGAUUGCUAUACACCAGCGGAACCCAUCCAACAUGAAGGAGCUGGAGCAGUUUUGCCUUGAAGAAUGGGCAAAAAUCCUAGUGGCUAGAUGUUUCAAGCUUAUAGAGACUUGCAGCUGUAAUUGCUACAAAAGGUGGCUCUACAAAGUAUUGACUUUGGGGGGGGGGUGAAUAGUUAUGCACGCUAAAGUUUUCUGUUUUUUGGUCUUAUUUAAAUAAAUAAAAAUUGCAUCUUCAAAGUGGUAGGCUUGUUGUGUAAAUCAAAUGAUACAAACCCCCAUAAAAUCCAUAUUAAUUCCAGGUUGUAAGGCAACAAAAUUGGAAAAAUGCCAAGGGGGGUGAAUACUUUCACAACCCACUGUACCUGACCAGCACAUAUCAUCCCUCUAGUGCUCCUCAAUCUCAGUGAUAUACAGUCAGGUCCAUCAAUAUUUGGACAUUGACCAAGUUAUUAUUUUAGCUGUCUACCACAGCAUAUUGGAGUUGAAAUUAAAUAAGGAAUAUAAGCUGAAAGUGCAGACUUUCAGCUUUAAUUUGAGGGUAUUUACAUCCAAAUCGGGUGAACGGUGUAGAAAUUACAACACUUCUAUAUGUGGUACCCCUCUUUUUAAGGGACCAAAAGUAAUUGGACAAUUGGCUGCUCAGCUGUUCCAUGGCCAGGUGUGUGUUAUUACUUCAGAAUACAAGGGCUAGAGAUGAUUUCAAGUGUGGUAUUUGCAUUUGGAAUCUGUUGCUGUUAACCCUCAAUAUGAAGUCCAAAGAGCUGUCACUGCCAGUGAAGCAAGCCAUCAUUAGGCUGAAAAUCAAAACAAACCCAUCACAGAGGUAGCAAAAACAUUAGCUGGCCAAAUCAACUAUUUGGUACUUUCUUAAAAAGAGAAAACGCACUGGUGAGCUCAGGAACACCAAAAGGCCCGGAAGACCACGGAAAACAACUGUCGUGGAAUGACAGAAUCAUUACUUCCCUGGUGAAGUAAAAACCUGUUCACAACAGUUGUCCAGAUCAAGAACACCCUCCAGGAGGUAGGAGUAUCUGUGUCGAAGUCAACCAAGUAUUAAAACUCACAAUUUAAUUUAUGAUUAUGUUAGUUUGUCCAAUUACUUUCGAGCCCCUAAAAUUGGGGGGCUGUGUAUAAAAAUGGUUGUAAUUCCUACACGGUUCGUACAAUAAUAUUGACAAAACCCUUAAAUUAAAGAUGAAAGUCUACACUUGAAGCACAUCUUGAUUGUUUGCUUUCACAUCCAUUGUGGUGGCAUACAGAGCCAGAAUUAUGCAAAUUGUGUCACUGUCCAAAUACUUAUGGACCUGACUGUAUCUGAUCACCACACACAUGUUUAGAGAGAUUGGAAACUCUUGUUGGGAUCCGUGGACAGGCAUGGUUUAAGUUUUUUAAGAGAAGUCCACAGGUAUCAAUUUGUUCAUAUGAAUGACAAAUCCUCCCAUCACUUUAAAGUUCAAAUAUAUUUGGUGUACCACAAGGAUCAGUUUUGGGCCCUUUACUUUUUUUUAAAUUAUGGAACCACAUGGUUGCAUAGCUCUAACCCUAACAUCUUUCUCUCUCUCGUUCUCUCUCUCCUCCCUCAUCCUCCACCAGUGGUAGUAGUCCUGGCGUUUGUGAUCUGUUGGUUGCCGUACCACAUUGGACGGAACCUGUUUGCCCAGGUGGAUGACUAUGAUGAGGCUAAACUGAGCCAGGACUUCAACAUAGGCUCCAUGGUCCUCUGUUACCUCAGCGCCUCCAUCAACCCUGUCCUCUAUAACCUCAUGUCCAGGAAGUACCGCGCCGCCGCGCACCGCCUCUUCCUGCUCAGACGCAAGCCCCACCCCCGACUCAAUGGUAGCAACAACCGUAGACCAACUGGACAGAGAGCAGCAGCUGUCCCUCAGAGAAGAAACCACCGUACUCGAUGA